AUGCCCUCUUCUGCCUUAGACUUGGCAAUGAGGUCUUAUGAGGAAAAGAAAGAGGAAAAAUUUUAUCGCUUCCUACUCGCAAUGGUGUUUGCAAUCAUGGAAAUUAAUCAAUCAAAUGACCUUUUACCCAAUAUAACACUGGGCUUCCACCUCUAUGAUUCCUGUUAUAAUGAGAUUAGCUAUGGUUCUGUGCUGCCUUUAUUGAGCAAUAAAAUUCAGUUUCCAUCCUUCUUCAGGACAGUAUAUAAUGCUGACGAUGAUUUUUUUGGCAUUGCUCAUGUGGUUAAGUACUUCAACUGGACCUGGGUGGGUAUUAUAUCCUCAAACAAUGAACUGAGGAUAUUGGGUGCUCAAAUUGUAACUAGAGAAAUAGAGAAGAAUGGUGGAUGCAUUGCAUUUCAAGAGACACUUCCUAUAAUCAACUCCAUGGAGUCUGUCUACCGUAUCAUUGGUCUUGUCAAGAGAUCAAGAGCAACAGUGAUCAUUUUAUUCUGUUCCAUAGAAGUCCUUGUCCCUUUAAUGGAACAGGCUUCUUUUCACAAUAUCACUGGCAAAGUGUGGGUGGAAAUGGCAGGCUGGUCCAUUACUUCUGACUUCCCUAGGACUGACAUCUUAACAACCUUAAAUGGGAGCCUUUCACUAUCACCUCAAAAGGGGAAAAUUCCAGGCUUUAAGGAGUUUCUUUAUAGCAUCCAUCAGUCUAGAUUUCCAGAUGAUCCUUACAUGAAGUCAUUUUGGGAGAAUGCUUUUCACUGUAUUUGGCCAGGAAAUGAUGCAGUCAAUAAUACAUCUCCAGCACUGCUUAAAGAAGAGAUUGUUUGGUGCACAGGAGAGGAGAGACUGGACAGUAUUGAUCCCAAUAUGUAUGAUGUCUAUAACUUUAUAUAUUCAUAUAGAACACAUAACGCAGUCUUUGCAGUAGCUCAUGCUUUGCACCAGAUGAAGAACUGUGUUCCAGGGAAAGGGCCUUUCAAGAAUGGAUCUUGUGCUGAUAUUUAUAACCACCGGCCUUGGCAGCUGCUUCAUUACCUCAGAAAGGUAGACUUCAACAACACAGCAGGAGAAAGAAUAUAUUUUGAUGAGAAUGGGGAUGUCCCUCAGUCUGUGGAGAUUUUGAACUGGCAGCUGUUCCCUAAUGGAAGUAAUCAGUAUGUCUCUAUUGGUAGUUUUGAUUCCGGCUCUCUAAAUGGCGAGGGGCUCAGUAUUCAGCUAAACAAGAUUUUAUGGAAUGGAGGACACAGCCAAGUCCCGAGUUCGGUUUGCAGUGAUCCAUGUCCCAAAGGCUACAGAAGAGCUGCAAUUCAGGGCCAGAAGAUCUGCUGCUUUGAUUGUCUGCCAUGUUCUGAAGGAGAGAUUCUCAACCCAAAUGAUGACAGUAAAUGUCUCAAGUGUCCAGAAGACAAAUGGCCUGAUAGCAGAAAAGAAGAGUGCCUACCAAAACCCAUUCAGUUCCUUUCUUAUGAAGAGACACUGGGCUCCGUUUUAGCUUGUAUUUCAGUCUUGUUUUGUCUCCUUACAUUUUCAGUGUUCUGCCUGUUUAUAAUCAAAAGAAAUACCCCCAUAGUGAAGGCAAAUAACAGAGAUCUCAGUUACCUACUUCUCAUCUCCCUUAUGUUUGGCUUCAUGUGUUCCUUAGCAUUCAUUGGCAGACCCAACCGGAUAAUGUGCAUGAUACGCCAGGUCAUGUUUGCUGUCAUUUUUUCACUUUGCGUUUCUACCAUACUAGCAAAGACUAUCACUGUCGUAAUGAUAUUUAGAGCUACUAAUCCAGACAGUAAACUAAAGAAACUAGUGGGAUUACGAAUACCCAUUUAUAUUGUCCCAGUGUGUACCAUGGUUCAGAUAAUUCUAUGCAUAGUUUGGCUGACCACAGACGCUCCAUUUGCAGAGUUCAAUAUGGCAGCAGAAAUAGGAAUAAUAGUGAUUGAGUGCAAUGAAGGGUCCAGGGUGUUAUUUGUUUCUGUCUUGGGGUACAUGGGUCUCUUAGCUUCCGUUAGUUUAUUUGUUGCCUUUCUGGCUAGGAAGCUCCCUGACACAUUUAAUGAGACCAAGUUCAUUACAUUCAGUAUGUUGGUAUUUGCCAGUGUUUGGGUGACAUUUAUACCUGCUUAUCUCAGUACCAAGGGGAAACAGACAGUGGCAGUAGAAAUCUUUGCCAUUCUCUCUUCAAGUGCUGGGUGUCUUUUUUGCAUCUUCUCCCCAAAAUGUUAUAUAAUAUUAUUGCACCCAGAAAUGAACAGCAGACAGUACAUCACAGGGAGAAAUGCUAGAAACCAAGGGAUACAAUAGGCAUCUGAACUUAUCUGUAUUUUAUUAGAAUUACAUAUACUAAUUGAUUCCCCACAUUAUGGAUUCUGAAACAUUCAUCUUUACACUCUACAUUAUACAGUAUAUGAGCACAGAUGCCAACAUAUUGAGUUUAAAUGUAAAAAGCAGUCAUCUGUUUUGAACUCUUCUGCUUUAGAGUGUUCUCCUGCUUCAUCUUUGGAAUGUACCAUGUAUCUGAAACAUGAGGCUAGAAUAUUGUAUAUUGUCUAUGGUGUGUUUUGCAAAAAAACAGAAAAUGUUUUAAAAAUGUAAUAAAAUGUUCCCUGUUC